AUGAAAGUAGAAGAAAUGCAAGACUACGCUCAGAAAGAGAUUAGAGAGAUAAGUGUGAUUUCUGCUGUAGAGGAGCCAAUGGCCGCCUCAUUAUACGGAUUUAUCAAGAAUGUAAGGAUGGCUGGAAAGAAGAAGGUUUUUAUAGUGCUGAGGCAGGGACUGGACACAAUACAGUGUGUAGGAAGCGUUGUUCCAGGAGAGAGCGAGAAGUACUCCCCCGAGUCAUACGUGUGUGUGCAGGGCAAGAUAGUCAAUACAAAGACCCCUGUUCACUCAUGCACAGUAAAGCAUCUUGAGGUGCAGGUGGAUGCGGUUUCAGUCCUCUCUGUUUCAAAGGAUCUUCCAUUCCAGCUGAAAGAUCUUGACUGGCUGCACAGUGAGAGGGAAAAGGACCCGCAGCUGCCAGUUGUAAACCAGUCAAAGAGGCUGGAUGCUAGAUACAUUGACCUACGAUCCAUGGAGACACAGAGUAUAUUCCGAGCAUACUCCUCUAUUCUUAGUCUAUUCCGAGCGUACUUAGAGAAGAAUCUGUUCAUUGAGAUAAAGACCCCAAAGAUUCUAAAGGGUUCCUCAGAGGGCGGGUGUGAAGUGUUUCCAGUGAGCUAUUUUGGCCAGCCAGCAACACUUGCACAGUCACCGCAGCUGUACAAGCAGAUGGCGAUUAUUGGGGGCCUUGAAAGGGUCUUUGAGAUAGCCCCAUGCUUUAGGGCAGAGAACUCUAACACAGGCAGGCACUUAACAGAAUUCACAGGAGUGGAUAUAGAGAUGGAGUUGAAAAAUAAAACAUAUAUAGAUUUGGUAAGGUUCAUAUACGGAAUGAUUAAGUAUGUUUCUGAUGGAGUGCAGGAGAGAAACCAGAAGGAGCUUUCUACUAUUAAAGACAUUACAGCAGCAGACAAUCAGACAGUCAUUGCUGAAGCCCCAGUGAUAAUUACAUUCAAGGAGGGAAUAGACAUACUGCGAAGCAUAGGAAGGGAGGCAUCAUACACUGAGGACAUAGGAACAGAGGAUGAAAAGAUCCUGGGACAAGAGGUCAGAAAGAGGUAUGGCAGUGACCUGUUUGCCAUGAUAGAGUACCCAGAGUCUGCCCGUCCAUUCUACACCAGCCUUCUUCCCUCUGACAGCAGGUACACCCAAUCCUUUGACUUUAUUCUAAAGGGUGAAGAGAUCACAUCAGGCGCUGAAAGAAUAAACAUCCCAGAGACACUCAAAGAGAGAGUGCUUGCCAAGGGAAUGAAGCCAGAGAGUGUGAAGGAUUAUAUAGAUGCAUUUGAAUUUGGAGCACCAAGGCACGGCGGGUGUGGAAUAGGCCUGGAGAGAGUUGUAAAGCUGCUCACAGGGUGCACAGAUAUACAUAAGUGCUCAAUGUUCCCCAGAGACCCAAGAAGGCUGCAGCCAUAAUCUGAAUAAAUCUAAAG